CACUAUAUUUUGCAAAAAAAAAAUAACGUUUAUAUUAGAAGACUUAAAAUAGCAUAAAACCAAAUAUGAGUGAACCUUGGACAAGUACUGCCCGUACAACUCGUGAAAAUCUAAGACGAUAUAACGCAGUUGAUAUCCAUGAAAGUAUCGAGUUGUUGAUAUCAUUUACGGAUUCAAUAAAAGCCAAAAUUCAUGAAUUCCGAACACAAUUCAAAGAAACAUAUAAGCAGUAUUUAAAUUCGAUUGAAAAUCCCCAAAGUCAAACUAGAAAUCACUCCACUUUAGGCGGAAGAGGAGAAACAAAUAUUGAGCCUGGAAAUCAAUUCGGGACACUGUCGAAGAGCAGAAAUGAAUCCGGGCAAAAAGUUCAAUACCCGUCAUUUCAUAAAGUUGCCAAAAUAUAUGACACAACAAUGAAAUCAUUAAGCGAUUUUAUGACUAUUUUUAUAGCAGAUUCCAGAGAUUUAUAUUCAAUAGCUAUUCAGAUAAGUUCAUUAAAACAAGAAUAUGAUAAUCUACUCAAUCGAAAUUAUGACCGUAGAGAUGAUUUAGAAGCCAAUCAAUUGUAUCAAAUAAAUAAAAGAAUCGAGAAUAUUAUCGAAAAUCACAAUAAGUUAGUAAUUAACUACAAUGCAGGAAUCGAGCAUUUCAAGGCAUUGAAACAUAAUUUAAGUAAUGGUAUACUUGUCUAUGAAUCGUCAACAGGAAAGAAUUUUGUGUUGUCACGAGAUGAUGAGCUAGAAGAGUUUCGACGUUUGGUUGAGACCGAUGAAGUUUUGAAAAAGCGGAGUUCAAUAUACGCAACAUUUGCCAGCAGAUUCAAAAGCGAUCUACAAUAUUCUGCUGACAGUACUGUUUUAAUGCCUGUCAGACCGUUAAAGAAAGACAAUUGGAUUCUGCGAUCUCCAGAACAAAAUAAUGAUGCCGCAAGACCAUUCAGUCAAGAAUACCAGCCAUCUCCAGAAAAUACCGAAUUCGAUGACGCCGCGGAGCAUCACGUGGAUCUUUCUGUACCUAAUGUUGAACGUGGCAUUAAUGUUCAACAAAUUUCUCAAGAACCAAUGGUUAUUUCACCUCCAACGCCAAACUCUCAGUCAAAUUAUGAAACCCCUUCACUAAUGAUUCACCAAAGUCAGCAUUAUGAGGAAGCUGCAAGAGCGAAACCAGAAGAUGAACCACUGAAACGAACGCCGAACUUGAAUUCAAAUAUCAUAAAACAUUUUCAACAUCCUAGGAAGAAGACAGCGACUAUUAACUAUGUUGCAGAUAAAAAUCGUGAUGACUCUCAACAACCCCAUCUGCAUACCCAGAAUCAUAAUCAACCUGAAACAUCUAAUCAAGUACACCAGCAAUCCCAACAAAAUACCAAAUCAGCUAAAGCCAAAGGAGAUGACAUUGAUCAUUCUGUACUCAAUGUUGAACCUAGCAUUGAUAUUCAACAAACUUAUCAACAGCCAAUGGAUUCCCAGCUUUCUGAAGAACUUCAAUCAUCACAAUCAACCCAACCAGUGCAUCAGCUAAAACGAAAAAUAGAGACCGAUGCAUCUGUAAUACGUCAAUCUAAAGACAUAAAUAUCGACACCGGAGAAGAUUCAACAGACCUAAUACGUACAGAUCAAGGCACUAUCACGGAUUCCGAGUUAAAUGAAAUACUUGAUAGUAUACUUAUGGACGACCUAUCGGAAUUAGAAAUAGACUUCUUUCGACACUAUGACAUUUCUGAAACGGGCUUAUCGCCCAUUGAGAUCCGUAAUUCCCUUUCGUAUUCUUAUAUUUUACAUAUUCUGUUUGACAAUAACUUGAUAACACCUGAUAUUUUAUACAAUAUAUCAAAGAUACUUUCAAAAUUAGAAGAAAAACGUAUUAACACCCCACUGAAACCACACGACUUGACGACUAAACUAUAUGUAAGUAAUAUUGAUAAAUUAAUCAGUAGACUUAGCAAGUUAUUAAUAGAUUCAUCCGCUGAAAAAAUGACUAGUUACUCGCCAAAUGAAAAAGUGUGGAAUGGAACACUACUCAUGUACAAUAAAUUAACUGAUAGUCAACAGUUCACUAAGUUUGUCGAAAAAUACUCAUAUUUACUACCACUUCCCAAUAAUAAUUCUAAUUCUAUUACAUUAAUUAAUGAAUCUAUUAGUAAGGGAUUAGAAUUACAGAAAAAAUUAUGUAACGGAAAUACUAAUAAUCUUUUAAAUGACAUCAUUAAAUUUGAUUCCGAUGAUUUGAAAAUAAUGCAAUGGCAAAUGGAAUAUUUGAAUGAACAAUCUAGAUUAACAUUAAUUCAAUCUUUGUAUCUGCAUUUUGUACGCGAUGAGAAUAGUAGUGCCAUUAUUGAUGAGUUUCUAAAUGAGCCAGUAAUAAAUGAUGAAAAUCAUCAAUUCAUUAAACUAAUUAUUGAAAAAAUGAAUCAAACGAAAUUCGCUACUGAAAAAACAUCUGAAAUAUAUGAAAAAAUCAUAGAAAAAAUAAAUAAAAUUCGUCAUGAUUUAAAAAUUGAAAAUCAAAAUAAAAGUCGCUCAGAAGAAAAAAUACUUACAUCAGGUAUAAAACGAUUGUUACAAACGACAUUUUGUGAAAUUAGUGACACUAAAUAUGAAAUGGCAGUCUUAAUACUAAAACGAUUUGAAAUUAUGGAUAAGAAUGAGAUAACUAAAUUAGAUGACGUGAUUAAUGUUAAAUCUGAUAAACUUAAUACAUUGGUGGAAUCAUAUAAUGGUAAUUUAGAAACGUACAAUAACAUAAAUGAUAAAACGACUUGAAUUGAAUGGUAUAAUUAAGAAUUGUCAAAUGACUAUUAAUAUUAUGAUGAAAAUUUUUUAAUUUUAUGAACAAUGUAUGAGUCACAUGCUCUAUUAACUAACAAUAAAAUAUUGUUAACACAUUUUAGAACUCUUCAAGCUCGAAAAUAGUAUAGUGUCACACCUUCCAUUGCGAAAAUUCAAGUAAUAAACAAAAAAAAAAAAAAUUAGUACUAUUCCGGAUACCAGUG